CAAAUGGUAAAAGAUUGCAAUCCUAGAAUUCCCAUGUCCCAUCCCUAUCUCUAUCUCUAUCUCUGUCCCAUACCAAUACCAAUACCAUUACCACUACCCCUCUCUCUCUCCACCAUCUGCACCAAAAGCACCAGAUAUUUCAAUCCCAGUUGCCCCCAGUUGUGUGUGCUGCAUCUGCCAAUAAUGGACACUUCAAGAAAUGAUGGUUUUCACUUAGAGAGAUGAAGAAAGAAAAAAGGAACUUGUAUAUGUAUAUGUAUAUGUAUAUGUAUGUGUAUGUGUACUGUGGUGGUUGUGGAGCUUCAGAAUUCACCACUCACAAACAUCACAUGCUCUACACAUUAAAAGUUCCAUCACCACUUUAUUAACUUACAGAGAGAGAGAGAGAGAGAUACACAGUUGUCGUUGUGGUUGACCCUUGUUUGCUUUCUCUCACAUCUCAUCUCAUCUCAUCUCUUUCAAUCCAAUUCAUCAAUUCAUUCCCUUAAUUAAGCCCUUGUUUGGAUUGUGACUUCCAUGCUUCUUCUACCUCUUGUUUCUUGCCUUGUCAAUCAAAACCUGCAACUUUCCUUUUUAUUACCAUUAUUAUAUAUUUUCUGUGACCCUUUUCUUGAUUUCACCUUUCAUCUCUCUCUCACCAAAAAGCUUCUUCAAUCCAUCCCCUUUCCUCAUUUUCCUUUCCAUGCCCUAUCAGGGAAGAAGAAGAAGAAGAAGAGGAGGAGGAGGAGGAGGAGGAGGAAAGGAAGGGAUCAUCAAUUCUUCAUCAUCAUCAUCAUCCCUUUCUUACACCAAUCAAAUCUACACAUUUCCCAUUCUUCCCAUAGAUUUCCCCCAAAUUCCUCUUCAUGAUUGCCCACUUUCAACAUUAAUUCUGUUGUAAGUAUAUUUGGGGGCCUGUCUGUCCCUCUCUUUCAAGUAGUUCUUCUUGCUGUUGCUGUUUCUGUCGACAUAUACAAAUUCUUGUUCCGAUUCAGCCAUGGGAUCAUCCAUGAAAGACUUGCAUUUAAAAACCCUGUUACUGCUUACCUCUGUAGCUAUAUCAUCCUUUGUAUUAUCUCAAUCCCUAAACGAAGAAGCAACUGUUCUAUUGGAAUUCAAGAACUCCUUAACCGACCCUUUCUUCAACCUCCAAACCUGGGAUCCCUCGACCUCGACCAAUCCCUGUAACUGGACCGGCAUAGGCUGCUCACCUGAGCUCAAGGUUGUCUCAAUGCAGCUCUCUGGCCUCAACUUGUCAGGCACUCUGUCACCCACCAUUUGCAAGCUCCCUCACCUGAUCGCCAUCAAUGUCUCCCAAAACUUCAUCUCCGGCUCCAUCCCCACCUGCUUCGACUCCCUCGAGGUUCUAGACCUCUGCACAAAUCGAAUACAUUGCCCCUUCCCACCCCAACUCUGCAGCAUUACAUCCCUCAAGAAACUUUACCUCUGCGAGAAUUACAUCUACGACGAAAUCCCUGACAACUUAGGAGACCUUGUUCAUCUCCAAGAGCUUGUGAUUUACAGCAACAACCUAACCGGGGCGAUCCCUUCUUCCAUCGGCAAUAUGAGAAGUUUAAGGAUUGUCAGAGCCGGUCGAAACGAGCUGUCCGGUCCUCUCCCUUUCGACAUCGCCAAAUGUGAGAGCUUAGCUGUCUUAGGGUUAGCAGAGAAUAAGCUUGAAGGGCCAUUCCCUUAUGAGCUUCAAAAUGUUUCGACACUGACCUCAUUGAUCCUCUGGAACAAUCUGUUUUCCGGCGAACUUCCCCCGGAGAUAGGCAACUUUACGAGCUUAGAGCUUCUGGCCCUUAACGGCAAUGGAUUCUCCGGCGCCAUCCCCAAAGAGAUCGGGAAACUGUCACAGCUUAAAAGACUCUACCUUUACACGAAUAAGCUGAAUGGCAGCAUCCCUGUUGAGCUAGCAAACUGUUGGAAUGCAGUUGAGAUCGAUCUUUCCGAAAACGGAUUGACAGGAGUGAUCCCAUCGGAGUUGGGACGAAUCUCCCGACUUGAGCUGCUUUACCUCUUCGAAAAUCAUCUGCAAGGGAAUAUUCCGGCGUCGUUAGGACAACUUAAGCAGCUGAGGAAACUGGACUUGUCUAUAAACAACUUAACCGGAUCGAUCCCUUUAGAGUUUCAAAACCUUCCAUUCCUUAAGGAUUUUCAGCUCUUUAGCAAUUGUCUUGAGGGCGUCAUUCCUCCGUUUCUCGGAGCUAAAAGCAACCUGUCGAUCCUUAAUCUGUCGAAGAACAAUCUCUCCGGCGGCAUCCCUCCGCAUAUAUGUAGAUUUCGGAAACUUACCUUCCUUAGCCUCGGAUCAAACAUGUUGUCCGGAAACGUUCCGCAUGGAUUGAAAACGUGUCAAUCUCUCGAGCAGUUGAUGUUAGGGGACAACUUGCUCACCGGAAGCCUUUCGAUCGAGUACACAAUGCUUCACAACUUAUCGGCGCUCGAGCUCUUUCAAAAUCGAUUCUUGGGACCUAUACCUUCCCAAGUCGGGAAUCUCAAGAACAUGGAGAGACUUAUACUAUCACAUAACGGAUUCAUUGGUCGCAUUCCUCCGGAGGUUGGGAAGCUCGUCAAGCUCGCCGCAUUCAACGUUUCUUCCAAUCAAUUAUCCGGCAGCGUCCCUCCGGAGUUAGGUGAUUGUGUCAAGCUUGAGAGGCUUGAUCUUAGCCGUAACCGGUUUACCGGCGCCGUUCCGGAGAAGCUCGGGAAGCUCGUGAAACUGGAGUUGCUCAAGAUCAUGGAGAAUAACUUCACCGGACCGAUUCCAGGAACCUUCGGAGCUCUUGUUCGACUCACCGAGCUUCAGAUGGGAGGGAACUUCUUCUCCGGGAGUAUCCCAACCGAGUUAGGACAACUUACAGGCCUCCAGAUAGCCCUCAACCUCAGCCAUAACGAGCUCACCGGCUCCAUCCCGACUAGCUUGGGGAGCCUGCAGAUGCUCGAAUCGUUAUACUUGAACGAUAAUCGACUCAGCGGCGAAGUUCCUACUUCGAUAGGCGGGUUGAGGAGCCUAAUGGAAUGCAACAUCUCCAAUAAUCAUCUUGUCGGAUUUAUUCCGGACACGCAGGCGUUCGAGCGGAUGGAUUCUAGCAACUUCGCCGGGAACAAAGAGCUGUGCAUAUCAGCCUCGAACCAUUGCCGCCGUGUAGCUAAAGACAGCUCGUCGUCGUCGUCGUCGUCUGCAAGAGAGAAGAUAGUCAGCAUUGUAUCGAUCUGCGUCGGCGCAGUCUCCCUGACUUUCAUCGCUGUCGUUUGCUGGAUCAUGAGGCGCCCGACGAAGCCUGACUUCGCUUCGCUCGAGCAGCAGCUGAAAAUCGACGCAUUGGACGGCUACUACUUCCCGAAAGAAGGUUUCACCUAUCAGGACCUCGUGGAGGCGACAGGGAACUUCUCGGAAACAGCUGUUGUAGGGAAAGGCGCCUGCGGAGUCGUCUACAAGGCAGUGAUGUUCGGUGGCGAAGCGAUCGCGGUCAAGAAGCUGAAGGCGCGCGGGGAAGGCGCGAGCUCGGACAACAGCUUCCGCGCUGAGAUAUCGACGCUGGGGUCGAUCCGGCACAAGAAUAUCGUCAAGCUCUACGGCUUCUGUUACCACCAGGACAGCAAUCUUAUCCUGUACGAGUACAUGGCGAACGGCAGCCUCGGGGAGGUGCUCCACGGGAGCGACAAGACGGCGAGCAUGCUCGACUGGGACACGCGGUACAGGAUUGCGCUCGGAGCAGCCGAAGGCCUGUGCUACCUCCACUCCGACUGUAAGCCGCAGAUCAUACACCGCGACAUCAAGUCGAACAACAUCUUACUCGAUGAGUACUUCGAGCCGCAUGUAGGAGAUUUUGGCCUGGCAAAGCUGAUCGACUUCCCCUUGUCGAAGUCCAUGUCCGCCGUUGCUGGCUCCUACGGCUACAUUGCUCCUGAAUACGCCUACACAAUGAAAGUGACAGAGAAGUGUGAUACAUACAGCUUUGGAGUGGUCCUGUUAGAGCUGAUCACCGGGAAGUCUCCGGUGCAGCCGCUCGAGCAGGGCGGCGACCUGGCGACCUGGGUGAGGAGAUCUGUCCAAAGCUUGGAGACUGGAUCCAUUAUAUUCGAUCCGAGACUGGAUCUUAGUUCUGCAAGAACAGUCGAGGAGAUGUCGCUGGUACUUAAAAUCGCGCUGUUUUGCACCAGCACGUCGCCUCUGAACAGACCAACAAUGAGGGAAGUCAUCGCAAUGCUUGUCGAUGCGAGAGAAGGAACAACGAAUACGCUGCCAUCUCCGACGUCGCCUCUCGAUGGAGAGGAUUAUAGCUGACAAAUAAUGAACCUUCUGCAAUGUGUGUUAGUUUAGUUAGUUCUAUGUCAUCACUUUCCUAUGAUGCAAUCAGUGAGAUGUCCUGACCUGAA